AUGAAGAAAGUGGAUCCCACCACCAUCACUUGGUGGAAUGCUUGGGUUGGACUCAAGUUGCGCCCCAAGGGUGAGUUUCUAGCUUGUAAAGAGGGUGAUGAGAGGAGGGGCACAUCUGAAGCAGGAGAGAUGGAGAGGGGGAGUGGGGCAAUGACUGGGUGGGCAAAGAUGGAGGCGAAGAUCAGGUGGAAGAUCUAG